UGUGCGGGGGGUGUGCUUGAGAGCGACGCCAGUCCGUAUCUCGGUGCUUUGCAGCUUUUGAGCUCUACCGUGAGCAGAUGUCCAGAUCCAGCAGGCCCAUGUCUGAAAAACCACACGUACGGUGACAUUAGAUCAGAAAGUCACUCGGGGUUUGUAGAAGACGAGGGAAAGCCUCCUGAGAUUAAGAUGGAGUGUGAGUGGAAGCCAGACCAACAAGGACUUCAGCAGAUUCUCCAGCUUCUAAAGGAGUCACAGUCUCCUGACACGUCCAUCCAAAGAUCCGUCCAGCAAAGAUUAGAGCAAUUGAAUCAGUAUCCAGACUUCAACAACUAUUUAAUAUUUGUCCUGACAAAGCUCAAAACAGAAGAUGAACCAACACGUUCACUAAGUGGACUUAUUCUGAAAAACAAUGUAAAAGCUCAUUAUCAGAAUUUUCCCAGUGGUGUAUCUGAUUUUAUCAAGAAUGAAUGUCUUCAAAACAUUGGUGACUCAUCUCCCCUCAUCCGGGCUACUGUAGGUAUCCUCAUCACCACUGUUGCCUCUAAGGGUGAGCUCCAAAACUGGCCGGAACUUCUUCCCAAACUCUGCUUGCUUUUGGAUUCUGAAGACUAUAAUACAUGUGAGGUAAGUACAUAACACACUAUAUACCAU